UCAACUGUGCAACUCAUAGCUAGCUGGAACUAAUUUAACCAGAUAUAGUUUGAUCAAUCGAGCUAGCCAGAGCAACUGAUCUGGUGAUCAUAUAUAGUCAUGGAUAGCAGCAGCUGGAUCCAUGGCUACACAAACGCCAACGCCACCGGCGCCAACAGCGGCUUCAUGUGCGGCUACGCUGCCAGCCCAGUAGAGUUUCCGCAGCAGCAACAGCUGGUCAGCUCGCCGAUUCAGCAACACCUCAACCAGAUCAGCAUGCAGAUGGGCAUGGAUGACGAGUCGGCGGUGUACGACGGCGCCUCCAUGGUGGGCGACCUCCUCAUGGCUUCCUCGUCGGCGCACCACGCCGGUGCCGGCAGCUUCCAGUACUCCUCGUCGACGACGUCCUCCUCCGCCUCCUUCCGCUCCGCCUCCGUCUCGUGCAACCCGGAGAGCUCGGCGGCGGCGGCGCCAGAGUUGCCGGCGGCAACCGGCGGCGCGUUCAGUCGCUACGCGCGGCACCUCCGCCCGAGGAGGCCACCCAAGCCGGGAGCGUGCGGGCAGAGGAUGUUCAAGACGGCCAUGUCGGUGCUCGCCAACAUGCACGUGGCGGCGACGUACCGCCGCCAGUACUACUACCAGCAAGCGGCGGCGGCGGCGGCGGCCGAGGCGGCGCCGGCGCCGCCGUCCGACAACCAGCUGCAGCACAUGAUCUCGGAGCGGAAGCGGCGGGAGAAGCUCAACGACAGCUUCGUCGCCCUCAAGGCCGUCCUCCCUACCGGCUCCAAGAAAGACAAGGCGUCGAUACUGAUCAGGGCAAGAGAGCACAUAAAGUCUCUCGAGUCAAAGCUGUCGGAGCUGGAGGAGAAGAACCGGGAGCUGGAGGCGAGGCUAGCCAGCCGCCCCGCCGCCAAGAACGACAAAGGCGAGACGGCGGCGGCGGAAGCCGGCGACGAGACGAAGCGAGAGGACCUAGUAGAGAUCGAGGUGACGACGACGAGCGGCGGCAGCGGAGCGGCGGCUGCGGCGGCGACAGGAGGAGAUCAAGAGACUUGUUGCACGCUCAACGUGGACUUGCGCGGCGGCGGCGGCGGAGGCAUGAGCACGACGGACGUUGUGCUCCGGACGCUGCAGUGCCUGAGAGAGCAGAUCGGCGACGGCGCCAGCCUCGUGGCGAUGAGCACCAGCGCCGGCUCCGGCGGCCGCCCUCCUAGUGCAAACCUAACAUUACAGCUCAAGGUAUAACUAACUAACUAAUUAAACAUUUUCUUAUUGAAGUCAAACGCCAAAGCUGUCUCACACCUCGUUGAUCAGAAAAAAGAAAAAGAAAAGAAAAGAAGAAAUUUCAUGUACAUUAUUGACGGUAUGAUUGUACACAUUUUUCUCUCUAAGAUAAUGGAAAACCUUAUACACAUACUCAUACUUUUUUUAGAUAAUGGAAUAAAACAUUCCGGCCUUGCAAAGUAUCACUCUAACGAAGAGUGUAGUUCAAAAUAAAAAUAAACACACCCAACAAAAUAAAAGACCAAAUCAAGAUAAGGAGUACACAUUUAUUCAAAUCUAUUUAUAAAUCUCCAUCUAUAUUUUGCAGAAAGUUACAUAACUGUCGUCUCAAGCCUAAGACAUGCAACCUUCAUAAGCUCUCCAUCAUCUUCAUACUUUUGCAGUUGUACCCAACAUCGGAGCCAAUAUGUUGCUCUGAAAAUUACCUGUAAAUAUGAGAUAGAUGGUGAUUUGUCAAAUACCAUAUCAUUUUUACUCAA